AAUCUCUUUCUCGACAGUCUGGCGGCUCAACAGCAGCAGCAGCAACAAAACCAACUAAAGCUAAAGAAAUCAACAGUGGGAGUGAGUAAAGCGACCUCCAACAACAGUUUCAGCCACAGCAGUGACCAGCAACAGCAACGCCCCAAAAAGUUUCUCUGCAGCGAUUGCAAGUCAGCCUUCAGCAAUCGCAGCCAGCUCAACAGUCACAUUCGGACGCAUACCGGCGAGCGACCCUUCGUCUGCGACUACAAAAACUGCCAAAAGUCCUUCACGCGAAACGAAGAGCUGACCCGCCACCGGCGCAUCCACAGCGGCAUCCGCCCCUACCCGUGUCGCUGGUGCGAGAAGCGCUUCGGCCGCAAGGACCACCUGCGCAAGCACGAGCGCACCCACGAGCGACGCCUCCGCUCCACACUCCUCCUCANGGCGAGCGACCCUUCGUCUGCGACUACAAAAACUGCCAAAAGUCCUUCACGCGAAACGAAGAGCUGA